UAGGCAGCUGUUGUUUUUCAAUUUUCGAGAUGAAAUAAAAAUGAUUACUUCAAAAUUCAUUCCAUAUUUUAUAUUGUUGGCUUUGCAAACUGAUCUCACUCUUCCGAAUGGCACAUGGGAGUCUGUCCCCGAUCACACGGAGGAUACAUUCACAGGAGAGGACAAAGGGAAUGUUCCAGAUAACUCUAGUUCCGAUCCCUCCGAAUUUCAGUUCUUGAUCACGGGUGGCUAUCGACCGACGACCAAUGACCUGGCCAAGUACGUCGUCUCGCUUAGGCUUGUUAAACGCUACAAGUUCUUCGGCAGUGAUCAUGCUUGUGGAGGAGCAAUCAUUUCCAAAAAGAUAAUCCUGACGGCUGCACACUGCUUGUUCUUAGGUCAUGUAAAGUUACAGCCUAAAGAUAUGGUAGUAGUGGCUGGGACGCCCAAAAGGCUGAAAAGAACCAGCACAACACAAGUGAUGAAAGUCAAACAGAUAACGUCUCACAGUCAAUACUCAGAUUUUGGAUACGACAUCGGGAUGGUGGUUUUGCAGGAAGCACUGCAUUUAGGUGAAUCAGUGGCCACCCUUAAACUGACCAGAGAGGCAGCGCACCCGGGAACAGAAUGCACUGCACUUGGCUGGGGCGCUAUCAUUCCGCACGGACCUCUUCCCAAUGAGAUUGUCAAUGUUGAUCUUGUAAUCCAGCCUCGUCACGAAUGCUACGCUUACGGCCAUACCUUUAGAAAGAGCAUGCUCUGCGUCUCAAAUCCAAAAAUGGAUGAUGCCGACAGUUGCGAAGGCGACUCCGGGGGUCCGCUGAUCUGCAAUGAAAGACUUUACGGGCUUGUCUCAUUUGGCCGUGGAUGCGGUGAGCCGCAUUAUCCCGGAAUCUACACGGACGUCUUCAUGUUCGUGAAAUGGAUUCGCAAAAAUUGGAGUCCGCCAAACACAGUUCCAAUACCGGUUCUAAUACUAGGACUAGUUUUGUUAUUGGUAAUUGUAAACCUAUGUAUGGUAACUUUGCUGUGAGCCAAAUCUAUAGGUUUCCUUUAAAAAUAAAUGCUAAAAAAACGAAA